AUGUCUGAAUUUGUUGCUAAAAUUAACAUUCCAACCAUCGCUGAGCCAGUUGAAGUUCCAACCGGUCUUUUCAUUAACAACGAAUGGGUUGCUGCUAAGAGUGGAAAGACUUUUGCUGUCACCUCUCCUAUCGACGAGUCUCACCUGACUGAUCUACAGAUGGCCGGGGCUGAUGAUGUUGAUAUCGCCACCGACUUUGCUUACAAGGCUUUCUACAAGCACAAGUUUGUUGAGCCUUCCGUCAGAGGAAGAUGGUUGUAUAAGUUGGCUGAGCUUUUUGAGGAGCACAAGGAUACAAUUGCUAAACUUGAGUCUUUGGACAACGGUAAAGCUUUACACUGUGCUCAAUUCGAUCUGAACUUGGUUGUUGAGUACUUAAGAAGCUGCGCUGGUUACGCUGACAAGGUUGAUGGUAGAACUAUCAACACUGGCAAAGAUCACUUGAACUUCACUAAGAGAGAGCCACUCGGUGUUUGCGGUCAAAUCAUUCCAUGGAACUUCCCAAUUUUGAUGUGGGCUUGGAAGAUUGGUCCAGCUCUUGCCACUGGUAAUGCUGUUGUCUUGAAACCAGCUUCCGCCACUCCAUUGACCGCUUUAUAUGCUACAAAGCUUGUCAAGGAGGCCGGAAUUCCAGCUGGUCUUGUCAACAUUGUCCCAGGUUCUGGUAGAGGAUGUGGUAACGCUAUCUUGCAGCACCCAAAGAUCAAGAAGAUUGCCUUCACUGGAUCUACUGCUGUUGGUAUUGACGUCAUGGUUGCCGCUGCUACCUUCAACUUGAAGAAGGUUACAUUGGAGUUGGGUGGUAAAUCCCCAAACAUCGUCUUUGACGAUUGUGAAUUGGAGAGCACCAUUCAGAACCUGAUCACCGGUAUCUUCUUCAAUGGAGGUGAGGUGUGUUGUGCUGGUUCCAGAAUCUACGUGCAAGAGGGUAUUUACGAGCAGGUUCUUAGUAAAUUCAAGGAAGAGAUCUCCAAGCUGAAGGUUGGUAAUCCAUUCGAAGAGGGUACCUACCAAGGUGCUCAGGCUACCCCAGACCAGUUCGAGUGUGUCUUGGGCUACAUUGAGAGAGCAAAGAAGGCCGGUGCUAAGUUGCUGACCGGUGGUAACAGAAUCGGAACCAAGGGUUAUUUCGUUGAGCCAACUGUCUUCUACGACUGUGAUGAAGACUUAGAGAUUGUUAAGGAUGAGAUCUUUGGUCCUGUUGCAUCUAUUGGUAAAUUCAAGGACGUCGCUGAAUUGGUUGAGAAGGCCAACAACUCCGAGUACGGUUUGGCUGCUGGUAUCCACACUCAGGACUUAAACAAAGCUUUCGGUGUCGCUGACCAAUUGGAAGCCGGAUCCGUCUGGAUCAACACAUACAACGACUUACACCAGAGUGUUCCAUUCGGUGGUUACAAGACCUCCGGUAUUGGUCGUGAGAUGGGUCUGGAAGCUUUUGACAACUACACCCAGGUUAAGGCUGUCAGAACCAGAUUGAACGUUCCAACCGCCUAA